AGAAACGGUCACACUUCGCGGAAAAUAUCAGCCAUUUUGUUGUUUAAGCGUUGAAAAAAUUUUCGGCUCUUUUUCGAUUAGAAUUAAACGGAAAAGAAAACGUAUACAUUAAUAUAUUACGAAGGCCUCGCCGCCUUCAAGCCCAAAGCUUGGCUUAGUCAAGGAAAAUUCACUUUAAGCCAUCAAGAUGAGCGGUUCUAAUGCCAAAUCCUCGGGGACUGGCUUUGGGAACCUCGUGCUCAUUCCCAGCAUCGAGGAGAAAAACAAACAAAUCCAGCAGGAGACGAUGAUGGAGAAGUUGCGGGCAAAGUAUAGGAACAAGCCCAAGACGUACGAGGAGAUCAAGAAGUCUGUGCGAAUGUACUUCAUCGAGAAACACUAUCCGCUAGAUCCGCUAUGCAAGGCCACGCUGCAGGCGGCGCUAGACAAGCUGCAGCACUACAUUAAGGUGACAUCGCGCCAUGGCCUCGUCGAACGGCUGGAGAGCCUCUCAAGGCAGCUGGGCCUAAAAUUCAUGGAGGACCAGCAGCUACUGUUCAUCUCCACCGACAUGUUUUACGUCGAGAUCCUACUGGACGCCGCAGGAAGUCUGACAGACGUCAAAGUGCACCACGAGUGCAAGAUAGAGCAACAGUCCAGCGAACUGGUGGCUUGCCUGAAGUCCGGCGACUUCGCAGACUUUACGGUCCAGUUAGAGGGUCUCUCCUCUAUAUACCAGCUGAACGCCGAGCCGAAGGUUAAGAAGAAAGCGUUUGUUGCGUUGCAGGCUUUGGAAACGGACAUUCAGAGCCUCUACCAGAUGCAGUUACAAAAUCACUCCAGCGACAGCUAUGCCCUGAUGACCAGCUCCUCCGUCGGACUGGUGCUGCCUAGACGGGGAGGGCAUCCGAUGAAGCUAACAUACUUUUGCCCGCCCCUUCACCUGCCGGAGGGUGACCCGAAGUUGGCAAGUGGGGACUUCAGCAUUGAUAAAGUGAUGCGUAGCAGUCACGGCUUGAGUGCCACCGUCAACCUGGAAGGUUCUUCUGCAAACAAACUGCAGACUAUGCCCACGGUGUCGUUCGUACGCGAUGCACAAACGGGCCUAGAGGUCCCCACAUACGCUCAGCUCAACCAGAACAACUCCCUGCUAAUGCCGGCUACAUAUGUGCUACGUCUUAACAAGCCAAUGCCCGUGUGCCUGGAGUCGUUGAAGGGAUUGGGAUUACCCGGGCUGGAUGCGAUGGCUACACCCCCCACGGCGCCCACAACAGUGCUCAAUCUAAUUGUACAGACUGCGUCCAAGCAGGCGAUUAGGAACACACAGCGCGGGCUGUAUGUGAAUUUGCCGAAGGAAACGCACUGCUACUUCUUUACCGACAACCGUAAACUUCAGGGCACGCUUGUGUCUUCGCUGCCCUUCACGGAGCCCGCCCAAGUGCCGCGGAUCGUGGCGUUCCUGAAGAAGCAGGCACUGUUUUAUACGCUUCUAGCGAGCUGUGUUCGCGAGCAGCAAAAACAAUAUAAUGACAUGGACAGCACUGUGAUACUUGAGGUGACUGCCGUCUCCUUUAAUCAGAUCACCGUUGAGCUGCAGCACCCGUACGAAGAGUCGUUGGCUACGGUGGACUUCCUUCUGGAAGACGGUCAGCCCACAUGCAGCGUCUACUGCCUGAGUAAUGAGUACGAGCAGCUCUCGCAAAAACUAACCCGCACUGUCCGUAAGGUGGUUUCCAUUCCGAUGGUUAUCUACAAGCUGCUCAAGUGCUGGGACGAGGAGCACGAGUUCAAACUGCAUGGCGUUAUUGGUCCCGGAGCGGGCGCUGCGGGAGCAAUCGGAGGAGGAGGCGGCGGCGGAGGAUCAGUAGGAGGCGGAGGCGGAGGCGGAUGCACCAGUAAUUUCAAUCAGUUCACCAUGGACACGGCACCGCCUCCAGAUGGUAGUCUGCCUGGCGGUGGUUUCGCCAACAUCAACAACCUCAAGAUGGACUCGAAAACGCGAUCCCUGGCCGAUUCCUUUGCUGCCUCAACCUCGGCUGCUGCGGCCAUCGCCGGUUUGAUAAACCUUAAGCGCGAAACGGAUCCCCAGGCUGGCAUUUCACCUGGUGGAGCCUCCGUUAGCUGCACCUCCAGCUCCUCGGCCGCCGUAAAAACAACCGAUCAGGAAAUUGCUGACAAGUACAAGAAUAUUUGGAAGGACAAGACCCCGAAUCUGAAGCAUUGCGUCAGCAUUACUCCCAUUUCAGGAGACGGCAAGUCAAGUUCUGUCGGAUCGACAAGCACUGGUGGAGUCGUCGCAGGCGUCGAGGUUCAACGAACUGGUGGCAUUGAGAUAAUCCCACUUAACGCCCAGACUUCUGUCGCUGGCGGUGGGGCAGCUUCCUCGUCCAGUGCGGCAGCCACGACCAUAACCAUCACUCCCAUCACGGGAGGUAAGGAAUCCAUUAAGGAGUCGUCGAAGAAGAGUAACACCACUACGGUCGGAUCAGGUGGGGCAACUAAGCGACCACAUGAGAGCAUUGCCAGUGGCUCCUCGUCUAGUGGGGGCGGAUCAAGUGGAUCGACCUCGUCCUCUACAAGCAGCAGCUCCUCCGAUACCCAAAAAGAAAAGAAACGCAAAAAGAAGCGCGACGAUUCACCGAUGGGACCUCCGGAGAAGAUCUACUCGCGCCAAAACUCGCCAGCUGCUGGUGGUGAUUGCUCCACGUCGGGUGGAGUAGUGCGAAAGUUUUCGUCACCCUCGUCGUCCCCAAAGGCAGGUGGCGCUGGUCAGGGUCUAAUGGCUGGAGUGCCUCCGGGGCGUCCAAGCCCGAAGCACUCGCCCGUCUAUAGCAGUCCAAAGCACAAUACCGCCUCCAAUAGUCCAAAGUCUCCGUUUGGCACCCACUCUCCAAAGCACGGAUCCUCCGGCAAGCCGAGCAUGUCCACGCUGAAAAGUGCGGCCACUGCGGCAACAAGCCUGAGUCCCAAGGGGGACAAGUCCUCAUCCUCUGCGGGAGCCGUACCAUCUGGAGUAGUCCCCUCCUCUUCGGGUCCUGGUGUGGCUCCUGGUCUUGUGCGAUCCUUUGCAAGCGUGGGCGCACCGCCACCACCACCUCCAGUUCCUCCACUAACCAGCACGACUGGAUCAGUAGUGAGCGGAAGCAGCGGACAAAGCGUUAAAAAGGAGAAAUCGUCUUCUGGAUCCGGUUCCAAUUCCUCUUCAUCUACAAUGGCUGCAAGUGGUUCCUCCGUCGCCGCUGGAGGAAUUUCCCCAGCCAGUGUAGCGGCUGCAGUGGCCGCCUUGAAAUCCUCGCAGCAGCAGCAGCAGCUGAAGACUUCGGUGGCCAGUCUUUCUCAUUUAGCGGCCGGAGGAGGAUUAAGCAGCUACGCGGCCACCUCGGGAGCGGGUGGACCACCGGCAGCAUCAGCAUCAGUGGUGGUGGGAGCAGGAGUUGGAGCAGGAGCUUCCGGGAUGGAGCUGAGUGCCCUGCGGAAGAGUAUGGCGGGAGGUGCGGUUAGUUUGAUGACGUCGACGGCAGCUUUAGCAACAACAACCCAGGCAGCAGCAGUAACAACAACAGCAGCGCCAGUAGCAGCAGCAUCAGCGGGGCAAUUGGCUCCUCCAACAUCGCUGCUGGGAUCGCGUCAGGGUCCGGGGGCACCAGCAGCGGCGGCAGCAGCGCCAACAGCGGCAGCAACAGCAACACUAGCAACAACACAAGCAACAACAGCAGCAGCGGCAACGGCAGCAAUGCCACAACAGCAGCCGGGAGCGGUGCCUCCUAGUAGCUGCUUGACAACUAGCGGCUGCAGUUUGGACUCCGCCGGAGGCAACACUCUGGCCGGAGUUUCCACGGAGUACAUGGUGAAGCCCAGCAGCCAAGAGGGCCUUAAGCUAACCAUCAACAAGACGGGUAGCAGCAAGAGCUCCAGCUCCAGCUCUGGUUCUAGUUCCAUCUCCAGUUCUUCAGCCGGCGGGCAGGGAAAAUCGAAAAGCAGCAGUGGAGCUGUGGCGGGCUCAUCGGGGUCAUCUGGAUCCACCAAGAAGCAGCACACGGGCCUCAAGCCGGGCGUGAACAGUGGACCCGCCUCGAAAAAGGCCACAGCAGCAGCUACAGCCGCAUCUAGCUCUUCUUCCAGUAAGCAUCUCUUCCAGAAGGCGAAUUCCUCUGGCAAUUUGAGCACCAAAUUGAGUGGCUCGAGCGCAGGCGGAGGAGUGCCGCUUACAAAGAGCAACAGCACAAACUCCUUCCAAGAACACAACGCCCCUAGGCGACGUCCCAGCAUGGGCGGACUCGCCACCGUUAGUGGUGGUGGCGGCAAUUCCCAGCGCAAAUCUAGUAGCACUGUGGUGGGCAUAGGCGGAUCUUCAGGAGCAGUUUCGCCAGCUGCGCACGGUGGCUCCACCUCACAGCCUCCGCCGCGAUUUGAUCAUCACACCGACAUGAUGACCAUCCUGCAGUACGCUUCCCCCACGAUGGCCGCCAGUAUGGAGGGGUUCAUCAAAGGUCUGCACAAUAAGUUCCAGAUACCGAAACUUUCACAACGAGGAAGCGGGACAAAUCCCCCCAGUGGACGCAGUACGCCCAGUUCGGACCAGCUGAGCACGGCCACAGCUUCCACAUCUAGUGCAACUGUCGCUUCAAGCGGACUGCCAGACCCAGAGGCCAAGCCGCCGGUGCCACAUCCUUCGCCCGGUGCCAAUGAGGGCCUCCUCAACCUAAGCAGCACGGCCGGAAUGCCGUCUGGGGAUGGCAUUGAUGAGGAGCUUCUGGCCAGCCUGGCCGGCGAAUGACGGAAGGUGCACGUCCAAGAGAUAUUCCUGUUGCUCUAUGCGAUUCGCAUUGGUUAGGCGAGUUUUGAAAUUAAGAUUAAGAUAGAACCCAACUUGGAUCACUGUUAAACUAAAAGUUAUACUUAAUCUCUUCAAUUUACCUUUUAUUUUAACUUAUUGUUCUUAACUCUUAUGGCCAAUAUAAAUAUUUGUUUAAAUUAAAAAAAUUACAUACAAUUUGGUACAAAAUCUCAGAGAUUACAAUGGAUUCUGUUGAGUCGCAAAAUAAAAAAAAGAUCUGUUAAACCUCUAUUUAACGAUAUAUUUAAUAAAGCAUAGCGAUAUCAAAUGCGAAACGCGUCGCUCUAAAUAUUAUAUAAAAUAUAAAGAUAUUCAACAAA